AUGAGUUUAUCUAUGUUAAAUUAUUUGUCGAUGAAAAGAGAUGAAGAUUUUCGAUUUACAUUGAAUGAACAACGUUUAAAAUAUAUUCGUGCGAGAUACAAUGAAAUCUAUCCAAAAGACAAUAAAGAAUUUACUGAAAAUCAAUUGAAGAAACUAACGUUGAAAAAACUGGCUGCAGAGUUAAACAUUCUAGAAGAUGAAACGAAUAUGGAAUUUGUUGAUAUUUGCAUACGAGAAAAGACAGAGCCAGACGCAAUAGAUGAAUUAAGAGAAAAAUUCAAAGCUAUUGAAUCCACAUUACCAUCUGAAACACCCACUACUGCUCCUUCUCCGCCUCUCACUACUACCCAUACAGUCACGCAUAGUACUGCUUCUGUUUUCCCUUCCAUUAAACAGUCACCAACAAACACUCAGCGUUCGGCGGAACCAGUGAAGCUGAAAGAUGAUGAUCUGCCUGAGAAAAUUGAUCAAAUCACAUGUCUAAUCUACAAAAACCUAAAUCGACCAGAAGUUGAUGAUUUUAUCGAGAAAUUCUUAUUUCAACAAGUACAACAGCAACUGCCACAAGGAAACACGCAAUCCGGAAGUCGUCCUCGUACCGGUACUCACAUACGUGUUUCACCAAAAGGAACAAUAUUAGAUCUUUUUGUUCGACAACAGCUUGCAGAUAGAAAUCUUAUAACGUGUCCAGGUGAACGUACUAAAUUUCGACUUGUUGAACCAGUUAGCCUCACUGAUGAGUUUUCUACCUGGACAUACGAUAAUUUUGAACAACUGUUUGACUUUUGGUUGACACUUGAUCAACCAAAUAAUCAACCAUUUCCAAAUCGAUGGCAGUUAGGAAGUGACGCUGUAAUUAACUAUAGAAUCAUUAGCGAUGAAACUUCAUCAUCAUUUUCAACGACACAAAUUAGACGUCCAAGUAGCAAGUCUCUUGACGCAUUUAUUCUUGAUAUUUGUGCGAUAGAAGAUAAUAAUAUGUAUACAAAUUGGUAUGAAUCAUUGUUUUUUAAAGAACAGAUAACAACCUAUUCACAUCUAAGUAACCUGACUGAAAAAGAAUGGGAUGGUAUUAAGUCAUUGACAGUAAAUACAUUGAAAACCAUCAGAUUCUAUGUGGAUCAAGAAAAGCAGCUGGGUGCAGUACGAAGGAAAAAGACAAAUGAAGAUGAGAGUAAAGAACCUGAACUUACUCGUUGUGAAUUAUUGGCAAAACUGCAUAUGAUUAAACUGUAUAUUACUCGUCAACUAGAACAUGUCAAAGGAAUCAGAGAUAUUCCGCAGUUGGAACAUGAAUGUGUUGAAGGAGCAUUUGAAGAGAUGCGUAAAGAAGGCUACGAAGAUGACGGCCUCUUUGAUAGCAUGAAAUUGUUCUUUCAGCCUUUAACUAUUAGCGAUGAUGAAUUAAAAAUAUCCGAUGCAGAAAUAGAGAAAGCUAAUAGAGGACAGGUAGAACAGCAAAAAAAAUUGGAACAGGCCAUUAAUAAAGCAAAUGAGCGUUUCAGCGAAUUAUACAAUCAAGUACAUGAUUGGUAUAAACUUAUUGCCGAAACGAAGCAAUCGGCUGCUCAAGAAAAGGCAGAGUACGAGAAAGAUAUGCAACAGAAGACUUUAUCGUACGAUACAAGAACAAAAUUAAAUUUACAGUGGCAAGAUAAAGAGAAACAGUGGAAAAAAGAAAUUGAUUUUUAUAAACAACAAAUUUUAACAGUUGAACAAGACAUGAAAAAGAUUGAAUCAACAAGUACUGAAACAGAGAAUUUACUUCGUACAGUUAUUAAAAAUCUGAAAACAUCUCAAACAGCAAUUAGUAGAAAGUUAAUUCAGCUACAUAGAGGUUUCAUCAUGUACGGACCACCAGGUACUGGAAAAUCAUAUUUAAUGAGUAAAUUAUCGAAAAAAAUUGGGAUUGCAAUGUUAGCACCAGCAUUAGCUGCCGGUAACCUCGAACGUUCAUAUGUCGGUCAGUCCGAAGCGCUUAUAUCAAGUCUAUGCAGACGUGCAAAUCGUCUCCCACAUUUAAUCUGUUGUCUUUCGAUUGAUGAAGUUGACUCACUAGCUCCGAGACGUGAUGAAAAAUCUUCAGAAGGAAAAGUGUCAAAAAUCAGUGUCCUUCUAAGUGUACUUGAAGGUGCUGAAAAUAUUCCGAAUCUAAUGUUAUUCUCAGCAACAAAUUUGUUACAUCGAAUGGAUGAAGCAUUUCUACGUCGUAUGACUGGAAAAUUUUUUGUCGGCCGCCCUUCAUCAGAAUCAAGAAAGAAGAUUUUAAGUAAAAUUCCAAAAACAAUACUAUCACCAAAAGUUUUGGAAGUGCUAGUGGUUGCUACAACAAAUUUUAGUGGCUCAGCUUUAUCUCGUCUUGUUAGUGAAAUUACAACGGAGCAUCGCUGUAAAAGGCGUCUAAAUCCAAACUAUGAAAUAACAGAAGAAUUGGCAUUGAUUCUAGCAGAUACAACAGCUAUUAAUUUUCAGUUAAAAAUGGGUCUCGAUACUCUACCACGACUGCAGUUGCGCAAUUUAUAUGAUAGAAAACAGCUGCAAAAUUCAAGAGUGGCCACUACUAUUACAAAUCAGAAAGAUGAAGUUAAUAAUUUGGAUGCAUUGCAUCUACCGAAAAAUGUAAUAUUCACCGGCAAAAUUAUAAUUAAUCUACAUGAUCGUUGUGUACGGAUUGAAGCUAUAAAUAUUGAUACCAAUCGAAAAUAUAUGAUUCAAGAAGACUUUCGUGAUACAGAGCAAAGUUUACAACAGCUACUUGAACGUGUAACAACAUAUGGAACAGAUAGAAACGUGCAACUUUUACAAUUGAUCGACUUAAACCUGCUCUCAUCGAAAGGUGCUAAUGAUGAACAAAAAGUAUCGGAAAUACUAAAAGAAUGCUACGAUGAAUCAGUUUCUUAUCGUCGUUCAAUGAUCGUGUACGAUCUUGAUUCACUUAUCGGUGUCAACAGAUCUGAAUCCGACAGUUCAACGGGUAUAUCUGAGAGUACAUCUGUUGUCAAUCAACGUAUCUAUCUCUAUGUUACAACUCGUUUCGGAGAAGCUAAAAUUGAGAAUAGUAACACAGACACAAAUUUAAGAACUGAGCGUUGGGCAAUAGCAAUUGUACGAGAUCCGUUUCUCUUGAAAAAGUUUACGAAUGAGAUUGGGUUUACUCUAACAGAUGCACAGCAAGAAGAUGAAGAAGAAGAACAUAGAAAAGCAACAGAAACAUUAGCAUGCGUAAAAUGUCGCGAUUACUAUAUUGAAAGCGAAAAUAAAAUGGGGCAGUGUACAUAUCAUGACGGAUUCAUUUAUGACAAUUCAAAUUUACAUUUGACAAAAUAUCGUCCUAGUGACGCUUUAGAAGCAUUAAAUCGCGACGAAUUUCUAGUUUUAAAUCAAAAAAUGGCAAAAGAGGAAAUGGAACAGCGUAAAACACGUAUGAAAUAUAUUUGUUGUGGUGCUAUACUUCAAACAGGUGCGCAAACUGGCGGCUGUAAAAAGGGUAAACAUGGUUUCAAUGAUUUACAAGCAAGAAAUAAUCGGUCUGAACUAGAAGAUGGUGACAUUAAAGUAUUUGAAGAUGCAUGUUUUGAAAACGUAAGAUACAAUCAAAGACAUAAUGAUCUAUUUGCAAAAAGAAGAUUUUAG